AUGGAUAUUGCUUGCCGGACUUUGAACACUCGACCUUCCCAAACAGGCACACUUUAUUGGUCUAAAGAUAAUAAGAUUGCCGUGCUAACUCCAUCCCUAAUCCACGUUAAAAGACUAGUAUAUAAGGGUUCCAGUGAGUCGGAUCAUAGUCGCCUAGCAAAUGCGGGUACCAUAUUCUGUGAGAGUACAGACGCUAAAAAUCAUAUUCGGGCGAAUGCGAAUGUAUGGUCAGCCGUCGUCAAGAAUCUAGUCGGUGAAAUGUUUAGAUGCAUCGCUUGGUCCCCACCAACUACGAUCACGACAAAUUAUUAUGUGGCUAUAUUUCGCCCUAGUGGUAGCUUGAUGCAUCCCAAAUGGGAAGAG